UCUGACUUCGAGGUCCGCACCAAAAUGCUGACAAAGUUGGACAGUGAAGGUUCUACCAUUACGUUAGACAUUUUAUCAAGAGAGUGUCAACGUUUAAUCAAUUUAAAAACAGACACAGCACUUAUCGAGAAUGCCAAAACCGAUGCUGUAGUGAACCGACUACACACAACAAACAGCAGUAGCAACAAGUCAAAAGCCAUCCCAAAAUCUCCAUGCUGGUUCUGUGGAAACAUGCAUUUCGCCCGCGAUUGUUCAUAUACAAAACACAAAUGUGGACAAUGUAACAACAUAGGCCAUAAAGAAGGGUACUGCAAUGCGGGGAAAAAGAAGAAAAAUCAAACUCACAAAAACAACAGACCUAAAGCAAAGACGAAUUUAAACAACAACAAAACAUUCAGGCCAGAAUUAAAAAGCAUUUUCAUCACCAACAAAAUUGAACCAUCACAGAGAAAGUACGUGAGCGUCAACAUAAAUGGUACAAACAUCGACUUGCAGUUGGACACAGCAUCCGAUAUUACAAUAAUAUCAGAGAAAAUCUUCAAAAAUAUUAAUGUUCCACGUGUUGACAAAGUUCCACACACAGCCCGAAGUGCAACCGGCAAAUUACCAUUGUCAGCCCAAUUUGAUUGCAAUGUCAAAUUCAGAACGAGACAGGCAUAUUCUACAUGUUAUGUUACUCCAAUCAAAAAUUUAAACGUCAUGGGGCUCGACUGGAUUAAGGCAUUAAAUCUUGAAGAAAUGUCAAUAAGUGCAAUCUGCAAUCAAGUCACAAGCGAAGCUGAAAACAAAAAAAGUCCAAAUGAAUCUAUUCAAAAAAAUAUUUCACUUUUAAAACUUUCUUUUCCAGACGUUUUCAACGAUUCUUUAGGCCUGUGUAACAAAACAAAAGCACACCUGGUGACAAUGCCAAACAUCCAACCAGUUUUUCGACCAAAGCGUCCAGUCGCUUAUGCUGUCAAAGAUCUCGUUGAAGCGGAGCUGCAGCGUCUACAAGACACCAAUGUGAUUUCGCCAGUUAACUACUCGGAGUGGGCCGCUCCUAUAGUUGUCAUAAGGAAAUCGAAUGGAAGCAUACGCAUUUGUGCAGAUUUUUCCACUGGUCUCAACAAUGUGCUCGAAAGUCAUCAGUACCCUCUGCCAUUGCCAGAGGAUAUUUUCGCAAGGCUGGCCAAUGCUAGAUUUUUUAGUCACAUAGAUUUAUCAGAUGCAUUUUUGCAAAUUGAAGUCGAUGAAGAGUCAAAGCAUCUACUCACUAUAAACACACACAUGGGUCUCUUCCGAUACAAUCGAAUGGUGUUCGGAGUGAAAACGUUCCCGUCAAUUUUCCAACAAGUCAUGGACCAAAUGCUUGCUGGACUGUCAGGUGCAGCAGCUUACAUCGAUGACAUCUUUGUAUCCGGAACAGACUUGGAGGAACAUAAUCGGAACUUGCAUGAGGUUCUAUGUCGUAUCCAAGACUACGGAUUUAAGAUCAAAUUCGCUAAAUGCAGGUUUUUCGUCAACGAAGUCAAAUAUCUCGGGUACGUUAUCAACCAACAUGGACUUCAUCCCGAUCCGGAACGUAUAUUGGCCAUCAACAACAUGCCAGAGCCAACCAACGUGUCAGAGCUCCGGUCUUUUCUAGGUGCUAUAAAUUUUUAUGGAAAAUUUGUAGAUGACAUGCGACACCUCAGAGGACCAUUGGAUGAAUUGUUGAAGGCAAAUACAAGGUGGGUAUGGACAAAAGAACACCACAAUAGUUUUCUCAACCUGAAAAAGAUUCUGUCAUCUGACCUGGUCCUAGCUCAUUACGAUCCUAAGCAAAACAUUAUCGUGGCAGCAGAUGCCUCCAACUAUGGCCUAGGCGCAUGUAUUAUGCAUGAAUAUCAGGAUGGAACAAUUAAAGCGAUCUGUCAUGCAUCACGAUCGCUCACACCCACUGAAAAGGCCUAUAGCCAGAUUGAGAAGGAGGGUCUUGCUCUUGUUUUUGCUGUGACUAAGUUUCACAAAAUGGUUUUUGGUCGAAAGUUCAAGCUACACACAGAUCAUAAACCACUUCUGGCUAUAUUCGGGAAAAAGACAGGAAUAGCCGUUCAUCAAGCAAAUCGUCUACAACGAUGGGCAGUCAAGUUAUUGGCAUACGAUUUUGACAUCAGUUUUAUUUCAACCAGUAGCUUUGGAUAUGCAGAUGUGCUCUCACGGCUCAUCGAUAAAAACAUCCAAGUAGCAGAGGAUUUUGUGAUUGCAUCAAUCAAAAUUGAACAGGAUGUAAAACAAAUUCUUGCAGACAAUCUCGGAAAUCUGCCAGUUACUCAUCAAAUGGUUAAGUUUGAAUCAGCGAAGGACAUCAUACUGCGUCAAAUAUUUCAUUUUGUGGCUAAUGGCUGGCCGAAUGAAAUCAAAGAAAAUGGUGAGUUAAAAGCAUUUUUCAACCGCAGGGAAAAUAUCAGCAUCAUCGACGGAUGUAUCAUGUUUGGUCAAAGAGUCGUCGUUCCAAAACUUUAUAGAAGAAGAGUUCUCAAACAACUCCAUCGUGGCCAUCAAGGUAUCGAAAGAACAAAAUCUAUAGCCAGAAGUUUUGUUUAUUGGCCAAGCAUCGAUGCUGAUAUCAAAAUACUCAUCCAAAAUUGUAACAAUUGUGCGUCAGCAGCCAAGAUGCCAACAAAAACAUUGCUUCAGCCAUGGCCUACACCAACAGAACCAUGGGAACGUCUCCAUCUGGACUACGCUGGACCAAUCGAGGGAAAUUAUUUUCUGGUUUUAGUAGACGCCCUCUCUAAAUGGCCGGAAAUAGUUGUAACAAAAUCCAUCACUACUCAGCGUACUUUAGAGAUUCUCAGCGAAAUAUUCUCCCGAUUUGGACUACCGAAGACGAUCGUUUCAGAUAACGGGACGCAGUUCAAGAGCUCCCAGUUUCAGCAGUACAUGGCAGAGAAUGGUAUCCAACAUCUUUGCUCCAGUCCGUACAACCCGAUGUCUAAUGGACAAGCCGAACGGUUUGUGGACACCUUCAAACGUUCUCUUCUGAAAUUAAACACGGAGGGAACAAUCACUCAAAAUCUUCAAACGUUUCUUCAAUCUUACCGCUCAACACCAAACCGAAAUUCACCAAACUCAAAGUCUCCAGCCGAAAUCAUGUUUGGCAGAAAUAUUCGCAUCAGCUUGAAUCUUAUUAAGCCCAAUCUUAAUGAAAAUCACCAAAACCAAAAUGAGACUAUAAAUGACAAAAAUCAAACAACCAUGUCCAAACAAUUUAAUCGAAAAUUUGGUACCAAGUCGAUAUCAUUCAACAGCCAAGAUUUAGUUUAUGUGAGUAUACACACUAAUAAUAACAACUUCCAGUGGCAGCCAGGACAAAUUAUUGAACGUUUUGGUAAGGUCAUGUAUAAUGUUUUAAUGCAGAGUGGCAGACUGAUUCGUGCACAUGCAAACCAACUUCGAAUACGUCAUAAAAAAGACAUCACUGCCAAACCUCGAGUCGAUAAACCAUGGGACAUGGCACUGGAUGUGUAUGAAUGCGAUACAACACCUUGUGAACUAGUUCCGCCAUCAGAUAGUGAUAACUCUUCCAAUGUUAGGACUUCACCAAAUAAAAUUCUACCUGCUGUACCAUUUGUGCCACGUCGAACUCAGCGAACACGACGACCAAUCAAUAGAUUUGUGCCUGGAUAAUUUUUCAUCAUGAUAUGCAGAUACCUAUCUCAAAAGGGAAGGUGUUGGCAACGCCAUAAUUAUUACAUAUUAUCGAUAUUUUGACAUUUAUAUUAGUUUUCAUUCAUUCUUACUUCUUAUUCUUUCUUUUUAAUCUGAACCUUUGUACCAGCUAGACGCAAUA